AUGGACAAAGAGUGGACUAAAUUACCGUGGUUUAGUCAAGAGUACAUCAACGGUGUUACUCGAUUUUUAGACUUUGCCUUCACUAAAGGAAGUCCUCAAGGAGGUGAACUUCUAUGCCCUUGUGCUAAGUGUAAAAAUAUAUAUUGGAAAACCAGGGAUAUUAUUAGGGAUCACCUAAUAGCCAAAGGUUUUCUAGACGGUUAUGACGUUUGGGUGCACCAUGGGGAGAAACUACAAAGGUCUAUGGAAAUUGGUGAUGGGAUGGAAGAUCAAGAUGGAUCACAUGAUGACAUUCCUGGCUUAUUGCAUGACAUAUAUGGAGAUAGGGCAGAAGCACACGGAGUUGGUGAAGGUCCCAAUGACGAGGCUAGAACGUUUUACAGUUUGAUUAAAGAGGCGGAACAAGAACUGUACCCUGGAUGCAAAGACUUCUCUUCGUUAUCAUUCACGAUUCGACUCUACUUGUUGAAAUGUCUCCACGGCUGGAGCAAUACGUCAUUCACUGCCCUAUUAGAAUUAUUGAAAGAAGCAAUGCCUGAUUUGAACAUUCCGGAAUCAUUUUACAAGACAAAAGCCAUGAUAAGUGGUUUAGGCCUUGAUUAUAAGAAGAUAGAUGCGUGCCCAAAUGAUUGCAUGCUAUUUUGGAAGGAGCAUGAAAAGGACAAUUCUUGCACUAUUUGUGAAGCUUCACGGUGGAAACAAAAUGCUGCAACUGAAGGAUGCGAGUCUGAGCAACCCAAAAAUGACUGUAGAGUUCCUGCAAAAGUUUUGAGGCACUUUCCGUUGAUUCCUAGACUACAAAGGUUGUUCAUGUGUUCGAAGACAGCUGAGUCAAUGAGAUGGCAUGAAGAAGAGCGCUCAAAGGAUGGAAAAUUGAGGCAUCCUGCUGACGGUAAAGCGUGGAAGGACUUUGAUGAGCUCCAUCCAGAUUUUUCUAGUGAGUCCCGCAAUGUAAGACUUGGCUUAACGAGUGAUGGGUUUAAUCCAUUUAGGACCAUGAGCUUAUCUCAUAGUACAUGGCCUGUCUUGAUGAUGGUAUACAACACACCACCUUGGCUGUCCAUGAAACCUGAAUAUACAAUGUUGUCAUUGUUGAUUCCUGGACCAAAAUCUCCAGGCAACGAUAUCGAUGUUUACCUCCAACCACUGAUAGAGGAGCUAAAGGAGUUAUGGGAAUCCGGCAUAGAGACAUAUGAUUCUUCAAUGAAUCAAACUUUUCAAAUGCGUGCAGCUCUUCUGUGGACAAUUAGUGACUACCCUGCUUAUGCUAUGUUGUCGGGAUGGAGCACCAAAGGAAAAUUGGCGUGUGCUUGUUGUAAAUCUAACACCAAUUCGUUAUACCUCAAACACAGUCAUAAGAUGUGUUAUAUGGACCACCGUACCUUUUUACCAAGAACUCAUUCUUGGAGAGACGAUGUCAAAUCAUUUAACGGAGAAGAAGAACAUAGAACUGCACCAUCCAUUAUUGUUGGAACUCUUUUGGACAUCAUGGGGAAGACAAAAGAUCAUAUUAAAGCCCGUUAUGAUUUGCAAGAAAUGGGAAUUAGAGAAAAACUUCAUCCAAGGGAGAUUGGUGGAGGACGUUCAGAGUUUGCAAAAGCGUGUUUUUCAAUGACUCCGCACGAGAAGUCAAUUUUUUGUGGAGUUAUAAAGGCUGCCAAGUUACCAGAUGGGACUGCAUCAAAUAUUUCAAAAUGUGUACAAGUUGGUGACAGAAAAAUAUCUGGUUACAAGAGUCAUGAUGCGCAUUUCAUGUUACACUAUUUGUUGCAAAUCGCAGUAAGAAGCACAAUGCCCAAGGAGGUGGCAACCCCACUAAUUCGUCUUGGUUCCUUUUUCCGCUCUCUAUGUCAGAAAGUUGUACAAGUGGAAGAUUUAGAUUACCUAGAAAAUGAGAUUGCAGAGAUACUUUGUCAGUUGGAGAUGAUAUUUCCUCCAAGUUUCUUUGACAUAAUGGUUCACUUGCCUAUUCACCUUGUAAAUGAAGUUAGAUUGGGUGGUCCUGUUCAAUUUCGAUGGAUGUAUCCCACCGAAAGAUACUUGUGUAAACUUAAGAACUAUGUCCGCAAUAGAGCUUAUCCUGAAGGUUCUAUUGCCAAGGGGUAUCUGGCUGAAGAAGCUAUAACAUUUUGCUCAAGGUAUUUGCAUAGCAAUGUAGAUACAAGGUUUAAUAGGAAGAGUCGGAAUUAUGAUGUUACCGAUUCACUUGAAACAGAUCCAGAUGAUUACUUUACAACUUCCGGUCGUCCUUUAGGGGGGGCAGGCAAACCCUUUCAUCUUGAUGUGAAAUCAAAGGAUGAUGCCCAUCGAUACAUCUUAUUCAAUUGCAAUGAAGUUCAAAUUUACAUCAGUGAGCAUGAUCAAAGUGUUAAUUCAAACACUAACAAAAGGAAGUGGACCAAGGCCAAAACUCAAAGUAAAGAAUUUAGUGAAUGGUUUAAAACUCGUGCCCAGAAUGAUGAUGUGCCAUUACAACUUGAAAAACUUUCUAGAGGUCCUAAUUUUGUUGCAAAGAGGUAUCCAGGUUAUGUCAUUAAUGGAUAUAGGUUCCAUACUAGGAAACGAGAUACAAAUCGCAAAACUCAAAAUUCUGGCGUAACUUUAGUUUCACUAACUUCAAGUUUCGCUAGCUCCAAGGAUGGAAAUCCUAGGACAGAACCCAUCACAUAUUAUGGAACCAUUGUUGAUAUAAUUGAGUUAUACUACUAUGGAAAUUUCAACUUUGUAUUGUUUAAGUGCGAUUGGUUUGAGGUUGAAAAAGACAAAUACGGACUUACUUGUGUGCGUUUCAAUAAGAAAAUUUAUCAGAAUGAUCCAUUUGUGCUACCUUCUCAAGUUCAUCAAUGUUACUAUAUCCAAGACCCUUUUGAUCCAAACCGGCAUUAUGCUCUGCAAACAGUUCCACGAGAUUUCUUUAACAUUGCUGAACCGUCAAACUUACAAGCUGAAAGUGGAGAAAAUAGUGAUGGUGAUGGUGAAUUAAAUUGGGUUAGGGAAGACAUACCUGCAACAAUAGCUGAAACACCUUAUGAAAUGAAUGAAGCUGAAAGUGAUGGAGAGGAUUUUGAUUAUGAUGAUACCCUAUUUGAUUUCAUGGACUAA